CCUUUCAUAUUAAAUAUGCGGCUUUGCAUCGGUACACUGAAGCAGCUCAUGUGCUGGCGUGUGGCGGUAUAACACACUGAACGCAGCCCACUUUGACUAAUCAACUCGUCCAUCUUUGGAUGUGCUUCAAUGUGGUGUCCCUGACGCCGACUAAAACCAGAGACUGAAAUCUCCCAUCAGAGCACAGGAACUGUUACAGCACACGGGACCGCUGGUGAGUGACACUGGCCCCGAUGGCCAAGAACACGCUGUCUUCGCGCUUCAGAAAGGUGGACAUUGAUGAAUUCGACGAGAAUAAAUUCGUGGACGAUCACGACGAGGCUGCCGACCAGCAAGGACCUGAUGCGGUGGAAGUCGACAACCUUAUCAGGCAAGGGGACAUGAUGGCAGCCUUUCAUAUUGCUCUUCGGAACCCUCCAAUCAACAGCAAGAACCCAGCAAUAAAGGUACAGAGCGUUUUAACAAGAACUUCUUUUCAGAAUGAAGCAUAUUGGGCGCAGAUUGCACAAUUGCAUCUUUCCUGUCUUUCAUUCUCUCAGGAAAGAGCUCAGGCUGUGGUAUUGAAGGUUCUGACAUCAUUUAGGAGCAGCGAUAUAGAGCCCGCCGUUAAAUCUCUCGACAAGAAUGGAGUCGAUCUUCUCAUGAAGUACAUCUACAAAGGCUUUGAGAGACCCACAGAAAAUAGCAGUGCCAUAUUGCUGCAGUGGCAUGAAAAGGCAUUUGCUAUUGGAGGACUAGGCUCUAUUGUUCGAGUUUUGACAGCCAGGAAGACUGUAUGACUACCUGAUCGAACCUGGAAACAGUGACGCUAAGAGACGCCGAGGACACAAGGCAGGUUUGCCUGUUGCUUAAAGGAGAGAAGAAAAGACCUUCGUUUUGAAUGCUACUGCCUUGAAGAAAAAAAAAAAGAACUGUAAACGGCAGAGAAAUAAUGGAAAAAAUUUGCUUGUGUAAAAGUGAAGUAACGUUAUAUGCCAGUAUAUCAUAAAUUAUUCUAUGAUAUACUGGCAUCAAAAAGAUUUAAAAUGGGUUUGAGUGGGGGGGAAAAUGUACUGUGGAAGACAAAACAUUCCCAGUGUAUGUGCUAUGAGUAACAUGGUGAAUAUAGGAUACUGCAUAUUUAAGAUCAGGUGAAUGAGAGCCGCAAAAGUGAGCUAGUACAUAUGAGGUUGUCAUUGGAUUUGAGGUGUUUUCUGUGCUAAAAACAAAAGUUAGAUUUAAUCAAUGUUUUAUUUUCUUAUUUUAUUUCACAUCUUUGGUCCCAUGCUCUUUUGUUUUGUUUUUGUGCAGAGAUUUAAUAAUGGAACCAGUGAUGUACGCCAAAGGGGUAGAGUGGGGAUCAUUGUAAAGUGCCUGCUACAAUAAAGUAAAUGGAUCUCCUUCA